CCUUUCUUUCCGGCCUUCUUCCAACCUGCCUCCCCUCACUCACUCUCUCCCUCCCCCAAAAAUAAUAAAAAUAAAAAUCAGACUCUCACUCUCUAUUUUCCAAUCCCUCUACACUUGAAUUGGGGGUUUCUAGAUUUUGGUCAGCACAUGGUAAACGUCAAGUCGUUUACAAAAAAAACCCUCAAUUUUGCUCCAAGUUACAAUGGAUUCAAAUUCUGUUGUGUUCGACAUCAGCUCAGACGAAGAGCCGGCGAUUGAAGAGCCCAAGGAGUUCGACGACGAUUGUAACUGGUUGACGGAGCUGUUACGGACCGUUGACAAGGAGAAGGAUGAUUCUGAUGAGGUUGUGAUUGUCGGGGAGUAUAAUCCGCCGAAACCUAAGUCUAAGUCAAAGUCGUCGAAUCAGGUGGCGGAUAUUAAGUUUGUUCUUGAUGGUGACGAUGAUGAUUGCGUUGUGUUGGGCGGUGAUCCUGAUAAGCCGGUUUCUGCUGUUGAUGAUGCCUGCCGGAACGAGACCGAUAGUUCCGACGACGGUGAUGAUGUUCUUGUUGUUGCUGAAAAAGGCCAGGUUGCAUGUCGAGACUACCCUCAUCCAAGACAUCUUUGUGUUGAAUUUCCUUUUGGUUCUACUCCACAUGCAAGACAUUGUCACCUGUGCCACUGUUACGUUUGUGACUCACUUGCACCAUGUGUGCACUGGGGUACAGGUGUCUCUACUAUUGACCAUUGUCAUGCCACUGAUAAGCAGGAGAUGUGGAAAAAUCAGCGUAAAAUUUAUAGAACAGGGAAAGAUGCUCCAGUUCCAGUUUCAAAACUUCCUGACGUUACUGUUCCAAUGGCCUUGCCCCUACAUAACCAUUUAGGAUCUCUAGAUAUUGUACCGCAUAAUCAGUCCUUGACACACAAUCCUAUGCUGCAGAAUCAGGCUUCCAGGACACAUAGGAUCUGUUCUUGCUCCUCCUCCAACAUGGGCAUCAUCAGAAACCGUAGAAGUCAUCAACCAGGAUGUGUUCUAGGCAGAAAAUCUCUCUCAGUUUCACAACAAGCACUUGGUGUGCGUACUGAUGUUCAGCGGGAUAGACAUCCUAAUGCCUUAGGUCAGCGAUUUGUCUCUUCUAGUACAAUGUAUAAAAGGCCAGGACUUGUUGCGCAUGCUUUGGGUACAAACCAUCCCACGCUUGUAUCAUUGAACAUGAAUUAUGCUCCUGCUUCAGGAUAUGCAAGGAAUGCUGCUCCUCUGGCUACAUCAAAGGAAAAUCCCUCUAGUUUGCAUUAUGUUUUACACAGUGCAAAUUUUGAAUCACAGACAUACCAGAGCUCCCCCCAGCCCAACAUGGGCAGUGUCAUUGUAAAUACCGUGCCUUCGAGAUCUGAAGUAGGCUGUCAACCUAACCUGCAGUCAAACGAUGGCCAAAGUCUUUAUCAGCUUGGGAAUCAAGGUGAAAAUGAUGCAGAUUCGUUUUUUUCUGAUUUUGACUUUUGUCACGUUAACAACUCAAGUCAAAGUGAUCAGGGAGCUUCUAUUGAAAAUAUUAUUCAUGGCACAGUUUCCAACAAUGAGCCAUCAACUGUUAAGCUGUUAAAUUCUCAGUUUGCUGAAAUUGAAAGUGCUCAAUUCCACUACAAGGAUCAUGAGUUUGUUGAUAGCUUUUUUUUAAACCAAGCUGUUCCAGUGGUUUCAGAUGGUUUUGUGCCUCAUGAUCUGAAUGGCUUUUCUCCUGAACGUCCUGCUAUUGACACAGAUGCAGGUGCUGUUAAGAAAGGUCCGAUAUGCGCAGGGCUGGGUCAUGUGAUAGUGUAUGGCCACAGCUGGGUCAAGUAUCAGUCUGUUGAGAGCCAGAAAUGGUCUUUUAUUUCCAUAAUCUGCUGUUGGUCACCAAUGGUCGUCACGAGAUGAUUGUCAUGUGUGAGACUCCGCUGACAGUGAUAAUCCCCUGUAGCAUAUUUUAUUUUACUGGAAAAGAACGUAGCCUUAUUAGUUAUGAAGAAGCACUAUGUUCUAUGGUUGGUUCCAUUUUAUCGGCCUGAGAAUUUUCACCAGCAUUUCCUGAAACAUUAUGAUCGUCUUGCCUGAAA